GGCCCUCCCCGGCUUUCUAGAAUCUCCAAAAGCCCCUCUUCCUUUUCGCCGGAUCUUCUUGUGCACAUCAUCGCAUAUCCCAAAAAGCAGAAAACGCAAAAGAAACAGCAAUCCAAGCAAUCACGCGGCUGGUGCGAAGCAGCCAAGGACCAGCGAAGGGGGAGGGAGUUGACAAUGGGGCAGUGCGGAUGCUUCGGGGCGGCGCAGAAGGAGCAGCGGGCGGAGGCCGACCGCCUCGAGGCGCAGGAGGCCCGCGCAAGGGCCGCCGAGGCCGCCCAGAAGAGGCAGCAGGAAUAUGAAAAGUCAGCUGCUGGACGAGCAGCACGAGCACAUAUUAAAGCUAUGAAGGAGGCCAAGACAUCAUCAAACCAAGGAGAGCCGGUUCUGAAGUGGCAGAUGGGGUAAAUCAUCGUAUGUGUCCUUGCAACUUUCAGCGUGUUGUUGAUGGUGUGUGGAAGCUUGUUUUCUUUUGAUCAUGCGAUGCAGUUUGGUCACCUAACUCAGUUGUGAUUUUUGUCAGUGAAAUGUACAUCCUUUUAGUCACUGCUAUACACGCCUAUUCAGAGAGUUAUGUAUUGCCCAAUCUGUCUUCUAGAAGUGUGUCGCCUGUUACUGUACAAUCUAUAGACAGUGUUUGUCUGGCAAGGUAGGUAUUUUGCUUACACUUCUUUUGUACAAAGCUACGGGAGCAUGAUACCUGCAACUAUCCAGUGGGUUUUCUUUUUACCAAAGACCAGUCGUGUAGAUGUUCUUGUUGCAUUGAAAGUGCUCACUCUAUGAGAAGAUGGA